GAUUUGGUUCAGUAUUCAUCAAGACUCGUUUGCAACUAGGCGUAUUUGUACGGUUCGCUUUUGCAAACAGUUCAAUACAGUUCAGUUUCAGCAGUCGACUGCAUUCACAGCGACAGCAUAUAGAUAAAUAAACGCUCAAAAAAAACAAACAAACAAAUAAUCGCAUGUUAAGUAGUGAAAUGUUUUUCUUGAAUCGGCUGUGUGGAGUUAGAUAAAAAUGUUGAUGCAGUUAUUUGCAUCGAUGGCCAAACCGUGCAAUUCAAAUAAUAAUCUACGCAAUAAUACGUCAUUGAAAACAACUUUAUUAUUUCAUUAAAGUGCGUUCAUUCCAAAUACAGUUUGACUUUGAAAUCAAUUUUUUGCCAAAAUCGAACAAGUUUUCAGUUUAUUUUGUAUCAAAUUCAAAGCACGAAAUCGUACAAAUUCGAUUGUUGAUUUCGCGGAAUGUGACUUUUGAUAGACAAACAUAUACAUUCGCUGCACAAAAACUACUCCGAACAUUUUUUGUAAACGUUUUCAUCAAUCACAACAAAGGCGUUUAUUUUUUUGAAUUUUUUAUUGUUAUUCAGCCAUUUUACGCAUCCGAUAGUUAGAACCGCUGCAAAAAAAUGUCUUGCUGCGGUGGCGGUGACAAUGAUCGUCGACAAGGGUCCGAUGAAAACGAUUACGGUGAGACAAUCAAAUAUGAUCAGAAUUUCAAAGGUCCAUUAUCGAAACGCUCCUGCACCGAUGUAUGUUGUUUAUUCAUAUUUAUUGUGUUCCUUUGUUGUUGGGGAUUCGUGGCUCAAUUCGCUAUAAAGAAUGGUGAUUUGGAUCGACUUUUAGUGCCGACCGACAGUAGUGGACGAAAGUGUGGCGUUGAUAAUGGCGUUGUUAAUGAGCCGUAUUUAUUGUUUUUCAACUUGGAAAAAUGUAUUGAUCCGACCGUUCCGUUAUUUGGUUGUAAAACACCACAAGUUUGUGUGAGGGAAUGUCCAACAACAACGUUUAUCUUCGAUAAAUAUCAAUGCAAUCCAAGCACAUUCCCCAGUAUUCGCGAUAAACUCAUUUGUCAAAAGAAUGAAAAUAAAUUUGAUAUAAGAGAUUGUGAUGAUAUCCAGAAUCGUGUUGACAGAGGCUCAUGUGCCAGUUGGUAUCUGCCCAGCAAACCAUUUUUAAAGCGAUGUAUCUCAGGAUUGCCUAAGAAUGAAUGCCCUCGCCUUUCGAAAACUCUAUUGCAACGCUAUAGACGAAGCUUAUCACUGGACGAUACCGAUCAUCCGCUUGACCAAAGUCAACGCACUGUUUCCAAGCAAUCGCCAGUUUUAUUUCCAAAUGAUUUGACAUCAUCGAGCCAAACGGCUGCAAAUGAACCGGUCAUUACAUGUGAAAUCGCUCGAAAUGUCGGCACACAAAUUCUUUACGAAAAAGGACAAUACGCUGACUCGAUGCUGUCACGUUUCGUUGGAAAUUUUAUCAUGCUAUUUUCGAAUGAAAAGACGGCACAAGAAAUGGGCCAAAGAAUCGUUGAAGAUCUGAUGAAAAUCCGCUGGGCAAUCGCCGCUGAUAUUUUUCUAGCAAUGUUUUUCUGUUUGAUUGUUAUUGCUGUGAUGCGUUGGGUGGCACGACCGUUAGUGUGGUUAUCGAUAUUGGGUGUCAUUGUAAUGCUUGGAUUUGCGACCUAUUAUUCCUUCACGCAAUAUGUAUACUUCCGUGACCGACCCCCAACCGACGUGAAUGUGCACACAAAUCUAAGUUUGUGGAUAAAUACGCUGCUUCAAAAGCCGAGCACAUGGUUGACGUUAGGAAUCGUGGCCGCCAUAGUAUUAAUCAUCAUACUAUUAGUGGUUCUUGUACUACGCAAACGGAUUCUUAUAGCCAUUGCACUUGUCAAAGAGGGCAGCAAAGUCGUGAGUUCGAUUUAUUCAACUGUGUUCUUUCCAAUAUUUCCAUGGAUAUUACAAAUUAUUGUCACCGCAUUCGCCGUCGCUGUUGGCUUGUAUUUGUCCAGCAUUGGAACGCCAAAGAAUCAAGUCCUUCGGAUGAGCGAAGAGCCAAACUGCCAUUGCUUCGGCAAUGCAUCUCACUAUAAAGACGGCGUUACAUGUGAUCCUUUCAUAUUCAAUGCAUUUUGUAAAGCUGGAAAUGCUUUAUGCGAGAAAGCCGCAUGUAAUUUCAAAGAAAUUGAAAGCCCACGAAUAGUACCAUACUUCCAGGCUUUGAACGUAUUCGGUUUCUUUUGGGGCAUUUUCUUUGUUUCGGCUCUGGGUGAAAUGGUAUUAGCAGCGACUUUUGCCACCUGGUAUUGGACAUUUCAUAAAAAAGAUGUACCGUAUUUCACUUUAACCGUGGGCCUUGGUCGAUCUAUCAGAUAUCAUCUGGGUACGGUUGCAUUUGGUUCGCUCAUAAUUACAAUUUGCCGUGUAAUACGUGUGAUUCUUGAGUAUAUCGAUGAAAAACUGAAGAAAUGGGACAACGAAUUUACACAGUGUGUUCUUUGCUGUUGUAAAUGUUUCUUUUGGUGUUUGGAGCGAUUUUUACGCUUUUUAAGCAAAAAUGCGUACAUCAUGUGUGCCAUACAUGGCAAACCGUUUUGCAGCAGUGCACGUGAUGCAUUCAAUUUACUGAUGAGAAACUUUUUGCGUGUUGUUGCUUUGGAUAAAGUCACCGAAUUUCUGUUUUUCUUAACAAAAAUUCUAAUUACCGUCGGAAUGGGUGCUGUAACAUACGUUUACUUUACCAGCGAAAGAUACGAUGAUAAAUUGAAUUACGUUCAAGUUCCAGUGGUAAUUGUAAUGUUUGCCACAUAUCUCAUCGCAAGUGUGUUCUUCGGUGUUUAUUCGAUGUGUGUUGACACAUUGUUUUUGUGCUUCUUGGAAGAUUGCGAACGAAAUGAUGGCUCUGAAGAGAAGCCAUACUUCAUGUCAAAGCAAUUGAUGAAAAUUCUCGGCAAAAAGAAUAUUGUUCCACGUGAUCAAUACCAAGAAUCAUAAAUAUAAAGGCCAAAUUAGUGUUAUUAGUUAAGUUUAAUUAAAAAUAUAGGUAAAACGUUCAAAAAUGCAGUGUGAUCAUAUAAAACAAGCUCAAAUGUCAUCGAUAUAUGUGAUUUUAAUUUUUCUCAAACCCAAAAAUCACAUUCAUCUAAAAAAAUCAUUUUCACUACAAAAAGAAUAGAAAUUUCUUCCAAAAAUAUUAUAUAUACACAUUUAUCUUACUGUAUACAUUUAUAUAAAAAAUUGUUCAUAGUCUGACCAAUUAAGUGUUUAUAUACGUCAAAGACCAUUGUUCACUACCUCAAUAGUGAGUUGGGAGUAAAUUCAAUGAACUUUUUUUAAAAA